UUAUUGCUUUGCUCUCUCUCUCUCUCUCUGUACUGUCUAUGUUGUGCUAUUGCUUUGCUUGCAAGUUGCAACUAUCAACAAGCUCAGAUAAAAGCAACCAAAAAGUCUCCGACCCUUUGUCUCUCUCUCUUUCUCUCUCAUUCAUUUCCAAAGUCUUCUUUUUCUUCUCCUGAUCUAAUCACAGCGAGUGCCCUGUACUUAUCUGCUUCCCAAAGCUCUUCUACGAGGAACACAGAAUAAAAGAAAUAGAUUGUACCUCUUCUCAAACUCACGGGGAAGUGGCCUAAGAGGAGAUAUUGUUGUGGAUAUCAAUUUGAAUGAAAAUGGAUGGAUGAGAGGAAGAAUGGUGGGAGAAGAGAAGUAGAAUUUCUUCAACGAAGAGAUUCAUAUAUAUGGCUUCUAAUCACUUUUAGCUAAAGAUAGAUGUGGUGACUGCAUAGGAGAGUUCAUGUGCAGAAGAGAAGUGUAUGAAGAAGAUUAGGAUUUAGGAAUCAUGAUGUUAUUCACAAUAAUUAUGAUGCAGUUAAAGAAUUUCUAGAGGGGAGUUCUUUAUUGAAGCAUACUCUUCCACAGCCUUCUGUCAAUGUUAGUAUGGACUUGGAUCAAUCAAGGGCCGAAGUUCAUGCCAUUAUGAAUCAGUCACAAAAAUAUAAAAGGAGGUGUUCUAAGAAGUGUGACCACUCUAUGAAAAUAAAUGAUGAUGGUCUUGAUUGUCAGCAGGGUUCUUCUUCAAUGAAAACGACUGCUGACAGCGUUUUGUUUGAAGAUUCUUCAGUUGCUAUUGGUGGAAUGACAGAAUCCGGAAUACCCCAAAGUAAUUCAGAGUCAAAGAGGAGAAAGAAGCAGAAUGGGGUGCAAAAUUUGCUUGAAAAUAAAGGUAAAGAUUGUGAUCGUCCAGAAGGUUCCUCCUUGUUGAAUGUGACUCCGCCAGAAAUAGAUCCAUCUUUACAGCUUCCGGUCAAAUCCUGUUUAAAGUUGGAGGGAGAAAUGGCACAAUCUUGUAUGGAAGUAAGUUGUUCUCAAGUAAAGAUUAAGAGAAGGGAGCAGAACAAGAAGUGUAGUGCCUCAGAAAUUAAUGAUAGAGAGUGUGAUCUCCAAGAAAGUGGCACAGAUGUUAAGCUUCUUGAGAAAGAUGAUAAUUCUGUUUUGCAACUUUCAAAGAUGAAAACAAAUGCGAAGGAUAACUCUGUCAUCCUUGGGGAGGAAAUUAAAUUUGUGAAGAGUGCAAAUACUGUUUUGAUGGAGAAACAUGAUGAUGACCUAAAUAAUAAACAUGAUUCACUUGACGAGAAGAAUCUUAAAACCUAUAAGAGGAAAUCUGUCAGAAAAAGCAGUAGGAGAAGUGAAAAGUCCUCUGCCUCCUUUAGCAAUAGUUCAGAAUCCAUCGAAGAUGGUAUGGGUCCUUUGUUUCAUUGUUCUGAUGAAGAAGUACCUACAGCUGGAUUACUGGAGAAGUCAGAUGGAGAACUUUUAGGGGAGCAUGCUACCCCAGCACAGGUUGUGGAUGACGUUUUGAUGGAGGAAGCCUCGUUUAACUGUGCAGAUGGUGCAUCCAGGGACUGCAAGGUGACAAGUGAAAUGAAGACUUUUGAAAAGAAUUUUUGUGAACUUAGUUUUGUAAAUGAUGUUUCUGUGCCAGACAAACUAAAAGAGCACUUAGAACAGAAAAAUGGGGGAAUGAACUGUAAGAUCCAAAUUGCAGGACGGGAUUUGUCUCGUGUAAAUGAAGAUUUUGAUGAACCUGCAUUUUCUGGUGAGAUAAACACUGCUGAUAAUAUAUCUGGAAGUUCUUGCAAGCACCUUAAAAAGGUGGAUGUUGAGAGAGAAACCAAGAUGAAAGGAAGUGCCUCAUCAUGCUUAGUAAAAGAUGAUGCUUAUUUGGAUGUUAUUGACAAAGAGGGAAGUCUUUCUCAAAUAUCAGACCCUUCUCCAGAAAGAGCUCUUAUGGAUUCUUCUAGGAAAAAGCUUCUCAUCCUUGAUGUGAAUGGUCUGCUUCUUGAUAUUGUUCCUUAUGCUCCCAGUGGAUAUGUAUCAGAUGCAACUAUAUCAAAUAAACCAGUUUUUAAGAGGCCUUUUUGUGAUGGUUUUCUACAGUUCUGUUUUGACAGAUUUGUUGUGGGUGUUUGGUCAUCAAGAACCAAAAGGAACAUGGACAGGCUGAUUGACUUUCUUAUGGGAGAUUCCAAAAAUAAGUUGGCCUUCUGUUGGGACCAAUCACAUUGUACCAGUACUGGAUUCAAUACUAUUGAGAAUAGAGAAAAGCCUCUGCUUUUGAAGGAACUUAGAAAAUUAUGGGAAAAGCUUGAGCCUAAUCUUCCUUGGGAAAAGGGGGACUAUAAUGAAGCAAACACAUUAUUGUUGGAUGAUUCACCAUACAAGGCUUUAGUUAAUCCGGUCAACACAGCAAUAUUUCCACAUACAUAUCGGUAUACUGAUAUUAAUGACACAUCAUUAGGACCCAGAGGCGAUCUUCGAGUUUAUCUGGGAAGGUUAGCUAUGGCAGAGAAUGUUCAAAAAUAUGUUGAGAAGAACCCAUUUGGUCAACGUGCCAUUACAAAAUGGAACCCAUCUUGGGGAUUCUAUCGUAAGGUCAUAGACGCAAUUGCAUUCUCAACUCAAGAUGAUGCCAGUAAAUCUUUGAGUUGCUCAUAGUGAUUAGUGAUGCACUGCAUGUAAUCUACCAAGACAAAUCACAACAUGAUUUUUGUUCUAAUUACUGUUAUUGGAGUACCUUACAGGGAUGCUGGAGAUGCUAGUGGGUAUACUAGGUGAUACCAUGCUUCAGCUUAGCUCUUUUGUAAUUGUCUAGUACCUUGGUAUCAUUGACCUGUGAUUUUUUGCUUCCUAACCACAUAAUGUUUCAAGAUUUAGUCAAGUAUAAUUAAAAGGUCAUUCUCUGUGUUUGUUUGUUUUUUGGUUGUAGAAAGCAAAGAAUGAAUUAGUGCAAGCAUGAAACAACCAUUGUCAUCAAAAUCUUGUGAAUUAGACAUUAUUAUUAUUGGGUGGCGCUCUGGACAUGGCUGACUGUUGUCCACAUC